AUGUCCACCGAGGCCGAGCCGAUGCCUGUGCUGCAGGAGACCAGUCCUGACGGCCACGCCACGCCGGUAGUGGCGGGGCUGAAGCCGAAGAACACGUACCGCCUCAACCGCAUCCUGCGCAAGCCCAAGGCCUCGCUGCCGCCGCGCAAGUGGCACCCUGACGAGGAGGGCAAGCCCUGUGUUGUCGGCGUACCGCCAAGCGUGGUGAAGAAACUCCUUGCAAGUCUCUCGGAGGAGGAGAAACAGCGUGCCGCCGCUGGUCUGGACCCAAUGAGCGCGACGCAGGAGGCACUGAUCCGCCGAGCCGCGCGCUUCGGUCUCAACAUCAGCAGCUCCACCCCCGUCGCGGCUGCGCUCCCAGCGCCGACCUUCAUGGUGGACGAAGAGACGCUGCGCCGCCGCGAGGAGCGCUUUAAGCAGGCCGCGCUCUCGUAG